AUGCCGAGGAGGAAGCAGCAGGCGCCCCGGCGCGCAGCAGCCUAUGUUUCAGAUGAGUUAAAGGCUGCCGCCCUGGUAGAUGAAGACAUAGACCCAGAAGAGAGCCCUGCAGAUGGAGAGCCGUCGGCUAAGUACAUGUGCCCGGAAAAGGAGCUCAGCAAGACCUGCCCCAGCUACCAGAACUCCCCGGCGGCCGAGUUUUCCAGCCACGAGAUGGACAGCGAGUCCCACAUCAGUGAGACCAGUGACCGGAUGGCCGACUUUGAAAGCGGCUCCAUCAAGAAUGAAGAGGAGAGCAAGGAGGUGACCGUCCCGCCAGAAGACACGACCGUGUCUGACAGCCUGGAGCAGAUGAAGGCCGUGUACAACAACUUCCUGUCCAACUCCUACUGGUCCAACCUCACCCUCAACCUGCACCCGCCGUCCUCGGAGAAGAACAACGGGAGCAGCAGCAGCAGCAGCAGCAGCAGCAGCAGCUGCGGCAGUGGGAGCUUCGACUGGCACCAGAGCGCCAUGGCCAAGACCCUGCAGCAGGUGUCCCAGAGCCGCCUGCUGCCCGAGCCCAGCCUGUUCAGCACGGUGCAGCUGUACCGGCAGAGCAGCAAGCUCUACGGCUCCAUCUUCACCGGGGCCAGCAAGUUCCGCUGCAAAGACUGCAGCGCCGCCUAUGACACCCUGGUGGAGCUGACGGUGCACAUGAACGAGACGGGGCAUUACCGCGACGACAACCACGAGACCGACAACAACAACCCCAAGCGCUGGUCCAAGCCCCGCAAACGCUCGCUGCUGGAGAUGGAAGGCAAGGAGGAUGCCCAGAAGGUGUUGAAGUGCAUGUACUGUGGCCACUCGUUCGAGUCCCUCCAGGACUUGAGUGUCCAUAUGAUCAAAACGAAACACUACCAAAAAGUGCCUCUGAAGGAACCCGUCACUCCCGUCGCAGCCAAAAUCAUCCCAGCCGCUCGGAAGAAGGCCUCGCUGGAGCUGGAGCUGCCCAGCUCCCCGGAUUCCACCGGCGGCACCCCCAAAGCUGCCAUGGCGGACACAAACGACGCGCUUCAGAAGAACUCCAACCCGUACAUCACGCCAAAUAACCGCUACGGCCACCAGAACGGGGCCAGCUACGCCUGGCACUUUGAGGCCCGCAAGUCGCAGAUCCUCAAGUGCAUGGAGUGCGGCAGCUCGCACGACACGCUGCAGGAGCUCACGGCCCACAUGAUGGUGACCGGCCACUUCAUCAAGGUCACCAACUCGGCCAUGAAGAAGGGGAAACCCAUCAUGGAGACGCCCGUCACGCCCAGCAUCACCAGCCUGCUGGACGAGAAGGUGCAGUCCGUGCCCCUGGCUGCCACCACCUUCACAUCCCCCUCCAACACACCCGCUAGCAUCUCCCCAAAACUGAACGUGGAGGUCAAGAAGGAAGCUGACAAGGAGAAAGCUGUCCUCGAAGAGAAGCCCAAGGAGAAAGAGAAGGCCUGCGAGGAGGAGGAGAAGUACGAUAUCUCUUCCAAGUACCACUAUUUGACUGAGAACGACCUCGAAGAGAGCCCCAAGGGCGGGCUCGAUAUCCUCAAGUCCCUGGAAAACACAGUCACGUCGGCCAUCAACAAGGCCCAGAACGGCACCCCCAGCUGGGGGGGCUACCCCAGCAUCCACGCCGCCUACCAGCUCCCCAACAUGAUGAAGCUGUCUCUGGGUUCCACGGGGAAAAGUACACCCCUGAAGCCCAUGUUUGGCAACAAUGACAUCGUGUCCCCCACGAAGAACCAGACCCUGAUCACUCCACCCAGCAGCCAGAACUCCCCCAUGCCCAAGACAAACUUUCACGCCAUGGAGGAGCUGGUGAAAAAAGUCACCGAGAAAGUUGCCAAAGUCGAGGAGAAAAUGAAGGAGCCCGAGGGCAAGCUUUCUCCACCCAAGCGGGCCACCCCGUCCCCGUGCAGCAGCGACAUCAGCGAGCCCAUCAAGAUGGAGGCGUCCAGCGACGGGGGCUUCAAAAGCCAGGAGGACAGCCCCAGCCCCCAGCGGGACGGCUGCAAGGAGGGGAGCCCCCUGGCAGAGCCGGUGGAGAACGGCAAGGACCUGGUGAAGCCCAUGAGCAGCGGCCUGAGCAGCAGCACGGCCAUCAUCACCGACCACCCACCCGAGCAGCCCUUCGUUAACCCUCUGAGCGCCCUGCAGUCGGUGAUGAACAUCCACCUGGGCAAGGCCGCCAAGCCCUCCCUGCCUGCCCUCGACCCCAUGAGCAUGCUUUUCAAGAUGAGCAACAGCCUGGCCGAGAAGGCGGCGGUGGCUACCCCACCGCCCUUGCAGUCCAAGAAGGCGGACCACCUCGACCGCUAUUUCUACCACGUCAGCAACGACCAGCCCAUAGACUUAACGAAAGGCAAGAGUGACAAAGGCUGCUCUUUGGGUUCAGCGCUUUUGUCACCCACGUCCGCAUCCCCGGCAACCUCCUCAUCCACGGUGACAACGGCAAAGACAUCUGCCGUCGUAUCAUUCAUGUCAAACUCGCCGCUACGCGAGAACGCCUUGUCAGAUAUAUCCGAUAUGCUGAAGAACUUGACAGAGAGCCACACGUCAAAGUCCUCCACCCCUUCCAGCAUCUCUGAGAAGUCUGACAUUGACGGGGCCACCCUGGAGGAGGCCGAGGAGGCGACACCCGCGCAGAAGAGGAAGGGCCGCCAGUCAAACUGGAACCCCCAGCACCUGCUCAUCCUCCAGGCGCAGUUCGCCGCCAGCCUCCGGCAGACCUCGGAGGGCAAGUACAUCAUGUCGGACCUGAGCCCCCAGGAGCGCAUGCAUAUCUCCAGGUUCACCGGGCUCUCCAUGACCACCAUCAGCCACUGGCUGGCCAACGUCAAGUACCAGCUGCGAAGGACAGGUGGAACAAAGUUCCUCAAAAACUUGGACACCGGCCACCCUGUGUUCUUUUGUAAUGACUGCGCAUCACAAAUCAGGACUCCCUCCACGUACAUCAGCCACCUCGAGUCACACCUGGGCUUCCGGCUACGGGAUUUGUCCAAACUGUCCACUGAACAGAUUAACAAUCAGAUAGCACAAACCAAGUCACCAUCAGAAAAACUGGUGACGUCCUCCCCCGAGGAGGACCUGGGGACCUCCUACCAGUGCAAACUUUGCAAUCGGACCUUUGCAAGCAAGCAUGCGGUUAAACUUCACCUCAGCAAAACACACGGGAAGUCCCCUGAGGACCACCUUCUGUAUGUUUCUGAGUUAGAGAAGCAGUAGCGUUUGCUUUUGAUUAAAGUGACUGUAAUUCGCUUUGAGGGAAACUGUUGCAGGCACCUUAAGGCCCCCCCUGUCUUGUUCUUGGCACAUGUUCUUAUUUUAACUGCAGAGAAUCACUCUGGGCUGGACUGUUUUGUAUAACUGUACAGUGUUUAAUAGAGGUGCAUACUCAGCUGUUGUUACUGGUAAAAUAUGAAGGUUAAAACGCAGUGGUAAGUGUUUGGAACUUUGUGUAAAUGGGAUUUAGU